AUGGUGAAAGAGGGAUUCCUUGAACUCCUCCGUAAUAUAACAGGUGACACAGUCUAUCAGAAAUGGAUUGAUGAAUAUGCUGAUGAUCAAAUUGAAUUGCAAAGAUAUAUUGAAGUAAAACUCAGAUCAAUCAAAGAUUACAGAGGUGGAUUUGAAACAUUCAAAGUUCCAUGUACACUAGAUGAAGUAUUCCGAGAAAUGAGCCAUGAAAAGAUAGAACAAGCCAUAGAGAGAUCACAAUAUAAUGGUAGAAUUAAAUGGUUUUCGGAUAGAUUAAGAAUAGAUUCAGAGAUAGUCAAAAAUCUGUCCAAACCUUGCACUGAUAGGAUAGUAGGUCAUGUUCAACAUUUACUGAAAGAACCUGAGGUUCAAGGAACGAGCAUAUUUCUGAUGGUCGGCAGGUUUUCCGAGUCUCCAAUAGUUCAAGAGACCAUAAUAAAAGCAUUUCCUACUGUUAACGUCAUCAUUCCGGAAGAUCCAGGCACAGUUGUUUUGAAAGGUGCAGUGAUUUAUGGUCAUCAACAUUAG